AUGCCAUCUACAUGUUGUGUUAAUUUUAUACGAUCAGCCACUUGCCUUCUUAAUCUUUUUUUUUGGUUAGCUGGUGUUGGUACUUUGUGUAUUGGUCUUUUGAUGCUUCUUGAUCCAAUUGUUAAUGAUUUAUGGACAAUUAAUAAUGGAGCAUAUACAAUAACAACAUCCGCAUAUAUGUUAACAAUUGUAGGAAGUAUAAUGACAAUUUUAGGAUUUUGUGGACUUUGUGGUGUUUGGAAAAAAAGUGAAUGGAUGUUAAUUUGUUUUUGUAUAAUAUUAAUUGUUGUAUUUUGCCUUGAAUUUGCUUGUGCAUUAAUAGCAUAUAAUUAUAAAGAAAAACUUGAAAAGUAUGUUGGUGAUUCAAUGACAAAAGCAAUGAACACAAAAUAUGGGGUUGAUGAUGAGUAUACUUCCGUUAUAGAUAGAUUACAAAGAGAUUUUGAAUGUUGUGGUGUUAAUAGUUAUCGUGAUUGGUUAAAAACUUCAUGGAGUAUUGAUAAAGAAGGAUUAGAUGAAGGAAUUGAAUUAGGAAUUGGUGGUAAUACUUAUGGUAGAGUGCCAACAUCAUGUUGUAAUAUAAAUGGAUUAAAUGAAUAUGACACAAAUUGUGGUGUUUCAUUUAAUAACUUAGAGCUAUGGACAUAUGAAAGAUUUCUUAAUAUUGAUGGUUGUGUUAAUGCAAUAAAAUUAAAAGCAAAACAACAUGUUUCAUUAGCAGUAGCAUUGUCUGUUUUUAUUAGUGCAGUACAGUUAUUUGGUAUUUUUUUAACAAUGACAUAUUGCUGUUGUAUAAAUAAAGGAGCAUUAAAGAAUGAAUCUAGAAGAUAA